UUUUUUUUUUUUUUUUUUGUGGGUAGUUUGGAAAACAACACAACUAAAAAGAGCUCUUCUGUAUUAUUUUAUUUAAAAAUAUAUAAAACAGUUAUUUUACUGUGCAAAUGCAGUAAAGCACUGCACUCAUCUUAGAUGCACUCAGUUUUUUAUUAAUUUUAUCUACUACCACUUUCAAAAUCACUGCUACAACAUCUUUGCAACAUGGACCUAUACACCAAACUGACUAGCUGCAUGGAAGAUCUGUCAAACACCUUCACUUCAAGAAUGGCCACUUAUGAGGAAGAAUUGAAGAACGCUGGCAGCACUGAAGCCUCUCAUAAGACAAUUGCCAGCCUGUCCCGUGAUUACAGUGACUUUAAGUGUCUUGUCUGGAAGACACUGAGUGCCCUUAAAAUGCAAGUUGAGUUGCUGACACUGGGCUUCGAUCAACAUGAGAUGGCUUCUCGAAGGCAGGUUCUUCUUCUGCAUGGUCUGCCGGAGCAGAAGGGCGAAGAUACUGUGUCCCGGGCUGUCUCAGUUUUGACAGAUAAAAUGAAGCUGGGCAAUGUUUCUGCACUUGAUAUUGCAUCGUGUCAUCGUUUGGGAGCAGAUGGUGGCAAGACAAGGCCUCUGUUAAUCCGUUUCCAGAGCUACAGCCUGCGCAGCGAUGUUUGGAGGAGCAAGACAGUACUGAAGGGCUCCGGGCUGGUUCUGUCUGAGUUCCUGACCAAGCCUAGACAUGACACAUUUGUUGCCGCUCGAAAACAUUUUGGCGUUAAGGAGUGCUGGACAUCGGAGGGCAAAAUAGUGGUACUGCUUCCAAAUAAGUCACGCCGGAAGAUUGAAUCCUUGGCGGAACUGCAGCAAUUGAUGGUGCAAUUUCCGACGUCUGCUACCGUGGCUACUGAACCAGGUCCGAGCGCUCGGUCACCAACCAACAAAACUCCGUCGGGGAAGAGAUCGAAGCGGCCAACAAAAUAGUUCGUAACGUGUUUUCUUUUUUAUUGAUUUCUAUGUCGGUCACUGUUAAUUACUAUUUUGUUAUUUAUUGUCCUGUUACUUUGACAUUUGACAUAAUUUGGCUCGUUCAGAAACCUACUCACAGUGUAGACACGUGUCUUUUGAUCUCUUACACUAACUGGCGAGUGCAUCGAGAUUUUGAGAUAGCAGGUAACUGUUAUUUAAUAUUUUAGUACCUUAUUUGUUUGUUAUAUAUUUUUAUAGAACUAUUUAUAUAUAUUUAUUUUUUAUUACGUAUAUUUAUCAUGUUUGAUCAUUUUGAUGAUAGUUUUGUUUCUUGCUCGUCGUCUUGUGCAUCUGAUGAGAGUUUUGCUAGUGCGUUCAGUGAUGACUCAGUAAAUCUUCGCGAUCAGCUCUCUACUGCCUUUUCACCAUACCGCAAGUUCUUUAACAUGGUUCACAUAAAUGCCCAAAGCAUUCCCGCUCAUCAUGCGGACCUGUUAAGUUCUUUUGACUCCAGCCUUAUCCAUGCCAUCCUUGUUUCAGAAACAUUCCUCAAACCAGCACUUCCUUCCACUCAAUACUCCUUGCCCGGCUUCAAGCUUGUGCGUAAUGACAGAACUGGCAAGGGAGGCGGAGGGGUAGCCAUUUAUCUUCGUGGCGACAUGCCAUAUAAAAUCGUUGAUAAGUCUCCGAGUGAUUAUUCCAAAUCUGCUGAGCAUUUGUUCAUAGAAGUCACUUUUAAUUGCAACAAAUUAUUAUUGGGGGUUUUCUAUAAUCCAGUAUGUACCAUCGAUUAUUAUUCAUCUUUUGAGGCAAAACUUGAACAUCUCACACCCUUAUAUGAGCACACUAUUAUCCUCGGAGACUUCAACACUUGCUUGAUUAAAGAUGAUGUGCGCAGCCGCAAACUCCGUUCUCUUGUCUCUUCUGUCAAUAUGCAUAUCCUUCAGCUUAACGCUACUCAUCAUGCCCCUCACUGUAAUCCUUCUCUUCUAGAUCUCAUUCUAGUAUCAGACCCAAGCAAAGUAGCCACUCAUGGUCAACUUCCUGCCUCUUUCUCAUAUCAUGACCUUCUGUUUCUAUCUUACAAGAUUCGUCCACCUAAGCGUAAAUCCAAAUUUCUUUUCCUUCGCAGUUU